CGGGGCCGGGGGGCAGGCUCUAGUGCGCAUGGGCGGGCCUUCCUCCUGGUCCCUAACCGCUCCGUUCAAUUUCCACUCGCGUCGCACUCUGGCCAGGCGGUUACUUGAGUGCCUCUGGUUGCCGAAAUGUCUGUUGGUAGAGAUUCCGUGAAGGGAGGCGAAGGCAGAGGAGAGGAACCAGUCGAGGCCAUCACCUGGAGCGAGCACUCGGAGAGGCAAGUGGAGGAGAAGGAAGAGCCGAGGAAGGUGGAAGAGGUGGUGGGGGCUGAAGGCUGCUCUGGUGAUCGUGGCUCAGGGAAGGGCCGCACAGGUCCAGACCUUCUGGGGCAUGCCGAGGACGAAGGGAAAUUUCGGAAUAUCCGCAAGCAGUACCGGCGGCUCAUCUACAGCGUCCAGCAGAACCGUGAGGACAUCGUGAACACGGCGAGCGAGUCGUUGACCGAGGCUCUUGAAGAAGCCAACGACCUGUUCGAUGGAGUGAGCCGAACCAGAGAAGCGGCCCUCGACGCCCAGUUUCUCGUUCUGGCUUCUGAUUUGGGUAAAGAAAAAGCAAAGCAGUUAAACACCGAUAUGAGCUAUUUUAAUCAAGUAGCGUUUUGUGACUUUCUGUUUCUAUUCGUGGGUCUCAAUUGGAUGGAAGAUGAGCACGAUGAGUUGAGCAGUUGCGAUGAUGAUAUAACUCUUUCCUUCUGGAAGACAGUACAGAAAGAAGCCACAUCCUGGAUGUUGCGAACCGAAACAUUCCACUUCGUUUUUGGUUCAUUCAAGGCAGAAUCUUAUGCACCAAAGCCCCGACCUCACCGUCCCAAGAAAGUUCGCAAAGUGGAAGUAAACAGAGCUAUGCCUACAAAGUUGAGGAAGUUGGACCUGAAUAGUAAUCAAGAAACAACGGAAAAAGAAGUGGAAAAAAUCUUGGGAUUGUUGCAAACCUACUUUCAAAAGUAUCCUGAUACUCCUGUGUCCUAUUUUGAGUUUGUAAUUGAUCCAAACUCCUUUUCUCGAACUGUGGAAAAUAUAUUUUAUGUUUCCUUUAUUAUAAGAGAUGGCUUUGCAAGAAUAAGGCUUGACCAAGACAGGCUGCCAUUAUUAGAGCCAAUUAAUAUUAACCAAAUAGGUGAGGAAAGUGAGCCUGCUUACCAUGGCAGGAGACAAGGAGUUAUAUCUUUGAGUUUACAAGACUGGAAAAAUAUUGUGGAAGCUUUUGAAAUUUCAGAGGCUAUGAUCACAAACUGAUGCUAAAGAUUUUUGUUAAGAGUUCAUCUUGUGUUUUCUCUGAAGUAUCUCAAAAUGGAAAGUUACAAAGUGUAAAGUGAAAAACUAUUUUCUAGAACAGCAGUAAUUGCUUUACUGUGCAAUGUAUUUUUGGCAAUUUUUAAGAUCAUAAUCUGUUAUUAAAAAAAGUUCACUAGCACGUUUAUGGGAACAUUUUUUGAAUGCCCUUUAAUGCAGUUACUUUAUAUUAAAAUUAAGUUAUAAAUUUUAUAAAUUUAAAGGUAUUUGCUAAUUUACCAAAAAAGCUAGUUUUUGUGCUUUAUGAUACUGCAUUGCUGCUUCUUCACUGUGUACUAAGCAAAUCUCAUAAGGGUAUUUUUGUGGGAAGAGUGGGUGGGGCAAAAAGGCCAAGAAAAAUUAUCUCUAAGGCUGAGAAUAUUCAGAUGCCAUCCUUCAUUGCAAACAACUCAGAUUUAUGAGUGGGUAUGUAUUCUCAGCAGUUUCUCCUGUGACUGGACACAACAAAAGUAGAGUGUCUUUAUUGUAGUCAGAAGCAUCAACUAAGGGUUGAGAGAUGAGUGGAACUAGAAGGCAUACCAGGGCAGGACAAUAGCAAGGUCAGAGGCAUGGUGUUGUGAGAAGUUACGGUCUGGGAGAAUCAUGGGAUUUCUAGGAAAAAUAGUCUAGUUUAAUUAUAAGCUAGGCAAGAAUUGAGUGACUUCAUCUACUGUAUCAAAAGGUGUAGAAGAUGUUUUUCAUUAGGCUACUUCAAACAAAAUCUUUGCAUCUGGUUAUGAGCUUUAUCUACUUGGUUAAUUUCUCUGGUUCCUAUUCCAUCUGUAAUUUCUGCUAGUACACAGUAUCCUAUAGAAUUAGUAAGGUUUCGUUCGUGUAACAACUUUACAUAUUUGUCCUAGUUUAAUUUUGCAUUUCUCAAGGCUGUAAACUGUCCCUUUUUAAAAUGUGUUAGUUUAUCCAAAUAUUCUACACUUAGUAUAAGGCCAUAAAUUUUUUUUUCCUUUUUGUUGCUUGUAAUGGUUUUAAAAAUAAAAAUUACAACCUUAUUUGGAGAUUACUGCUGAAAAUUUGGGUUAUUAAGGGAAAAGUUUUAAAAUGUGCUGCCAUGAGUGCCCAUAAAUUGCUUUCCCUGAUCCCUAAAGGAUUCUAAGUUUUUAUAUUUGUGGAAUUUUGCCUUAAACAAUCAUUUGGUAAGUGGGUAAGUAUUUCUUAAACUUAGCAGUAACAGUAAACUUUCCGAAAAAGCCUAGUCUUGUCCAGGGAAGGGGUAGCAAAGGGUGCAUGCACUCCUGAGCAAGACAAAGAGGGGGAAA